AUGAGCGACCUUCAACGGGCCUGGGCGAAAGCGAAGCUGGAUGUCUUGGCAACAUUCGACGAAGAUGACGCCGGGAUCGGGAGGAGAGCAGAAGCGACGGUAGAGGAAGGCGAGGGGGCCGAUGGUCUCGGAGAGCUGCCGGAGAUGGGGGAUGAUGAUUCGAGCUCGGCGAGCUCGGCGAGCUCCACGGGAACAGUGAUCCCGUCACCUAGUCAGAGGCUGUUUGCGAGACCACGAAUGCUCGACCGCGGCAAAAGCAUGUCCCAAAUCCCAUGGACCGCCUACUUCGAGCGCGAGCUCCGCCUCCCCGCCCCGUCCCCUUCCCCCUCACGCACCACGCCUACCUCAACUCCCCCAGCGGCAAAGCCCCGCUCUUCGUCUUCCACCACGGCGCCGGCUCCUCCGGCCUCUCCUUUGCCCUCCUCUGCGCCGAGAUCCGCAAACACCUCCCCGGCCGGCAUGCUCUCCGCCGACGCCCGCGGCCACGGCGCCACCACCGACGCGUCCGGCGCCGAUCCGGACCUCGGACUCGAGACCCUGACCGACGACUUGCUCUUCGUCGUGCGCGCCGCCGCCCAGCGCAUGGGCUGGGCCGACCUCCCGCCCCUCGUGCUCGUCGGCCACUCCUCGGCGGCGCCGUCGUCACCAACUUGGCCAAGCGGGUGCCCUCGGCCCCAGCGUCCUGGGCUUCGCCGUAAAUACGCCCUACAGGUAUUCCCCGAGGCGGGCCACUUUAUCCACGAAGACCUCCCCGAGAAGACGGCCAUGGUUCUCGUAGACUUUUAUCGGCGAAACGACAGAAGCCAGCUGGUGCUGCCGCCCAAGGUAUCGGAACUGCUGAGGCAGGGGAAGAAAGUAUAG